AUGGGGAGUGGGGUGACAAAAACAACUGAUUUCAAUAAAAGAUAUGACCGAGAUGGAAACGUCAUCCCAGCGGCCUUAACAAUGAAGGCUGCGGUGAUGAUCCAGCGUUGGUACAGACAGUAUGUGGCCCGUAUGGAGGUGAGACGCAGAUAUACCUGGAACAUCUUCCAGUCCAUGGAGUACUCAGACCUUCAAGACCAAAUCAAAUUAUACAACUUUCUCGGUUACCUGGUGGAUAACUUCACUCCAUCCAGCAGUGAACGAAACCUGAUCUCACAUAUCUUCAGAGAGAAUGAGGUGUGUCGAGAUGCAGAGUGGGAGAGAUAUUUCAGCUACGCUAAUAUUGAAGUGCCGGACAUCUACUCUGGCCCACGGUUAACCUUUCCACUAGACAUGGCUCAAGUUGCUAAUCUUACAGAGGCCUUCAAAAACAAACAACAGCAGCUUCACUCACGUUACGUCCUUCAACUUCUUCUGGAAACGUGGAAGCUCCUCCGGGUGUUGCCAAACAUCAACCGGGUCUCCACAUGCCAUAGCAAAGAAAUCACAAUCUGUGGUGAUUUACAUGGACAGUUAGAGGACUUGUUACUAAUAUUUUACAAGAAUGGAAUGCCAUCAUUGGAGAAACCCUACAUUUUCAAUGGAGACUAUGUGGACAGAGGAAAAGAUUCAAUUGAGAUUCUCCUCAUAUUGUUUGCGUUCCUACUUGUAUAUCCUGGAGACGUUUAUCUUAACCGAGGAAACCAUGAAGACCACAUUAUUAAUUUAAGGUAUGGCUUCACCAAAGAAGUGUUGAAGAAAUACAAGAUGCACGGAAAGCGUAUCCUCAAGUUACUUCAGAAGAUCUUCAGCUGGUUGCCGUUAGUGACGGUGAUUGACCACAGAGUGCUGGUGGUCCAUGGAGGGAUCUCAGAUUCCACAGACCUCUCUCUGAUAGCUCGAGUAGACAGACACAAGUACGUCUCUGCCAUGAGGCCUCCAAAGAAGAGCAGUGCUUCCCGCACUAACCUGUACAGACCUGCUGAGGUCCACGAUGAGGUGACGAUCUCUAAAAACAGACAGGGCACCCUGAUGUUUCCCAAACCGUUGGGCUCUCGAGACAGUUUCCAGAGACGCUCUCUCCAGAACUUCUCAUCAGCCAUUACUCGAACCGUCGAGGAAGAGCUGGAGAUCCGCCGCAGGCAAGCGGAGUUCAGUCUCUCCGGCUUCAGCAGGUCUCACCAAAUUCUCAGCUUGUCUCUGUCCUCCGAGGUUGAACAGGAUUCCUCAGAAUUCACAAAUACUGACAACGAUGAGUGGAAACAGAUUCUGGACCUGCUGUGGAGUGACCCCAUGUCUCAGAAUGGUUGUAUUCCCAAUGAGAUCAGAGGAGGAGGGUGUUACUGGGGUCCUGAUGUUACAGAGGACUUUCUGAACAGACACAACCUCCAGCUCAUCAUUCGUUCACAUGAGUGCAAGCAGGACGGAUACGAGUUCUGCCAUAACCGUAAGGUCCUCACCAUUUUUUCAGCCUCUAACUACUAUGAGGUUGGCAGCAACAGAGGAGCUUUUAUCAGACUUGGUCCUGAUCUAGUGCCGUACUUUGUUCAGUAUCAAGCCACCGGUAUGACCCGCGGCCUGAGCUUAUCACAGAGCAUGAAACGCACAGAGCAUAUGGCUCUGAAAGUCCUGCGAGAGCAACUGUUUGCGCACAAGUCUGAUCUCAUCAGUGCCUUUCAGGAGUUUGAUAAGGAGAAGACAGGACUGAUCUCUUUGGACAACUGGGCCGCUGCUAUAGAGCGUGUUCUGCACUUAGAUCUUCCCUGGCAUGUCCUCCAUGCCCAGUUAGUGUCCAACACCUCUGACGGCCUGCUGGACUAUCACGCCUGGUUCCGUGACCUCGCCCUGAAAAAGCCAGGAUGUGAGCACAUUGAACAGACUUUAAUGGAGGCACUGUACAGACAUCGAUCCACAAUGGAGACCAUCUUUAGAAUAGUGGACACAGAUAAUUCAGGGUUCAUCACUUUUGAAGACUUCCGCCAGACGUUGAAACUGCUCAGUGCCUUUCUGAAAAUAGAGAUUUCUGAUGAGGAUGUCAAUGAGCUGGUUAUCAACACAGACACAAAUAAUGACGGGAGCAUUGACAUCGAUGAGUUCAUGGAGGCUUUUCGACUGGUGGACAAAAGCAGGCUUGAGAGAGGCAGGAGUCAAUUAAAGUUAAAGCAAGAAAAUCACGACCUACCUCAAGAGGGGCAAACCCCACAGACUGCAGAAUCUGCAGCUUCACAGAAUGUUCAAUCUCCAGAUCCAAAGACUUCAGAUUCUAUAGAGACUGCAGAUUCACUAACUGCUGAUUCUUUACAUUCACAGACAAGAGACUUUCCAGUUUUACAGAGAGCUGAUUCUUCAUAUUUACACACUCAAGAUUCAAAGAUUGCUGAAUGUUCAGCUCCAAAGACUGCAGACUCUUUAGGUUUACAGACAGUAGAUUCUCCAAGUUCACAAACUACAGAUACUUUAGGUUCACAUACUUGA